AUGGCCCCCCUAGUCUGCCUACUCCUCCAUGGCUCCCUGAUUCGCCAUGGGUCCUGGAACGGGUACCGCCCUGGAGGUCUUCUGUCCCGUGUAAGCCUGUCCGUAGAGGCCUCCAGAGCGCCCACCCUCCCUCCCCAUUGGAAGUUAUGUGGCACAUGGACGCGCCUUCCAGAAGGGGGAGACUGUAUUCGUGAAUUCCCCCACGUCUCCUCGUUCCUCGCUCCUCGCUCCUCACAUGUAUGUGUGUAUGUGUGUGUGUGUGUGCAGGAGAUCCACAAGAAGGUGAUGUCUCUGCAGUUCAGUGAGUGUCACACUAAGAUCAGGCAGGUGGAUGCUCAUGCGACGCUGGGGGACGGGGUGGUGGUGCAGGUGAUGGGUGAGCUGUCCAACAGCGGCCGACCCAUGAGGAGGUUCAUGCAGACGUUCGUCCUCGCCUCGUAUGGUUCUGCUGUCAAUAAGUUCUAUGUGCACAAUGACAUCUUCCGCUAUGAAGAGGAGGUGUUUGGAGACUCUGAGGCUGAGCUGGGAGAGUCUGAAGAAGAGGAGGUUGAGGAGGAGCAGGUGGAGACUCCGGCUUCCCCUGAACCGGCCCCGGACCGUCCCAGCAGCACCACCUACUACGAGCCGCCGGCGCCGCCUGUCAGUAAUGGAGUUGAGGAGCAGCAGGAGGAGGCGGAGCCUGAGGCGGAGCCAGAGCCCCAGCCUGAGGCCAGUCAGGAGGCGGAGGCGGAGCUAAACCCAGAAGCAGAACUGCAGGUGGCUGAGGUGGAGCCAGAGGAGGAGGAGGAGAGAGGCUCCACCCCCAGCCUCACCCUGACUCCGCCCCCUCAGACCCCAGAGCCACUGAAGGCGUUCUCCUGGGCUCUGGUGACCAGUAAGAAUCUUCCUCCGGCUCACGUGGUGAAAGCUGCCGGCGUUCAGCCGCGGGUGGAGCUCAAACAGGACGGUCAGUCGUCAUUACCCAGAGAUCAGCGGCGCGAGAGACCUGGCUUCCCUCCACGAGGACCACGAGCAGACGGCAGCGGCUCAGAGGCUCCGGGUGGGAAACAGUACAUCAGUUUUAAGGGUGAGUUUCAAGGCGAGCUGAAAGAGUUCUUCAUGACGUUUGGGAACAUGGUGGAGAUGAGGAUCAACACCAAAGGCGUCGGAGGGAGGCUGCCCAACUUCGGCUUCGUCGUGUUCGAUGACUCUGAGCCGGUGCAGAGGAUUCUGGGAUCCAAGCCCAUCAUGUUCCGUGGGGAAGUGCGUCUGAACGUGGAGGAGAAGAAGAGCAGAGCGGCGCGCGAGCGGGAGACCAGAGGAGCGGCGGAGGGCCGGCGUGGGCCCCGGGGCCCCCUGGGGAACGGACUGGGGCGUGAGCGAGAGGCCCGGGGGUCCUCCAGGGCUGGGAUGGGCGCGGGGCGAGAGAGCCGCUUCACAGGCCCCCGCCGCUGAACGCUGAUGAAGGCCUCUACUCGUCUGAUUGGUUUUGUUUCUCUCGUGUCUCUCUCUGGCUUUCGGACUCUGACCGGCCCUCAAAGACUCUCAGACUCACGCCGCGCCGAGAUCAUCUGCGCUUUCCUUUGUAUUCUCCUCAUGAUUUUGCGAAGAAGAACAGGACAGUGUGAUAUUUUUUUUCUCUAGAACAGAAGCUGAUCUCUCACGGUUUAUAACGGAUGAGCGGCAGCGCUUCAUCAAUCAGUGCUCAGUGUACACUUAUUUAUUUUCCUAGUGAAUAAAGCGGUGGUGGUGCCUUAACUCGUCUCUCUCCCGUCUGUGUGUGUCUCGCGAGUGUCAAGGUGUUAGCGGUUCACAGAUGCUGAUCCGAGCUGGUUUAAUCCGCAUUGGUUCUGGUCUGGAGUUGGUUUUCUUUGCAUGGCUCUUCUGGAUCGUGCUGCUCUUUCCAUUGAUUUCCGAAGUGUUUCUCGCCACACUGUCCGCUGCGUUUGGUUCUGGGUUCAGACUGGACUUCAGUCGGCUUCAGCAGGUUUUUGUUUGAAUGUGUUUUCAACUUUCAAUAAACUACUGAAAUCUG